CUCAGCCUCCCCCCGGGCCCGGCAGGGGGAGCGCUGCCGCCGGCCGGCCGGGGGGGAGCCGCUCUGGGCUGCUCUCGGUGGCGAUGGAGGCGGCGACGGAGCCGCCGCUGGGCUGCGAGUUCGCCGAGUCCCUCUUCUCCGGCGGCAGGGAGCGGGGCGCGGGCGGCGGGGCCGGGCAGCCCUACAGCGCCAAGCGCUGCGAGCCCCGGUGGUUCUGCGGCGAGACGGGCGGCGAGGAGGACGCCGAGAUCUUAACGGGCAAUAAAUUCCGGGCUGACUUGGCGUACAGGGAGCGGCAGUUUGAGAAAUCUCUGUGUGAAUACUCCAGCUGCUUGCUCCGCUUACCUCCCGGUAACAUCGCCAUGAGGCGGGAUGUCCAGGAGGGCCAGGCUCGGUGUUUGUCUCAACUGGGAAGGCACAAGGAGGCGCUGGAUAUUGCAGAAAAAAUGAGAAGCGGCGCCACUAACACAGAUCACUUAACGACUGUGCUCAACCUGCAGUGUGCCAUUUAUCAGGAUCUGAAAAACGUAGAAAAAAAGAUGCUGUGUCUGCAGCAGCUGAUCUGCUUACAUCCCUUCAACCCUUGGUACUGGAAGUUACUCGCUGAAGCUUACACGAGCCUUUUAGAGAGUCUGUCUCCAUUACGCGUUCCAGAAACAAAUACAAACCGCUCUGAAGAGGUUGGUGUCAGUGACAGCCGCUCCAAAAUGUCAGCUGGAAGAGAGAUUCAUUUCCAGCCUCACAGAUCAGCCAGCCAGAGGGAAGGCCUUUGGUCCAGCCUUGCUACAGAGACAAAGAGCGAGAACACAGGGACUUGUAACAGCAGCCAAGCUGUAAAAGAAACCCUCUGUGCUUCACACGAACCCGAGAGGAAGGACAAAGGGAAGGAGGGAGCCUCCGAGCCCUGGGAGCAGAACGUGUCGAGGGAGGUUGGGAUAAAGGCAUGUGCCUCAUUUAUUAGAGCAAGGCUUUUACUGCAGCUUACCCAGUCGCAACAGGCGUCCUUUGCUCUGGAGAACAACGUGAAAAGUCAGAAGGAAAUUGACGGCAAAGUGGCGCAGUUCGGUUUAAGCGAGACCUCCUCGCUGCUGCUGAGCGAGGUCAUGGGGGCGGAUCUGAUACCGGAAAAACUAAAAGAGGAGUUCCAGGGUGAGGUGAAAUGCAUAGGCUCGUCAGCACUGUCGUCGUUGGUAACUGCAUCGGCCUCAGAAUUUGAAACCAAAUGGUUUGGUGAGCUCCAGGAGGAUUUAUGCCACUCUGACAGACAGUUCUAUUCAGAUACACAUAGCCCACCUCUGGCUACAUAAAAGUUUUAUUGUUUGUAUUAUCAUGUCUUCAAAUGACCAGGGAAUGAUACAUGCAAAAAUGUUUAUAUUAUUUAAGAAUUCUUCCUGUAUAUCUUUUAAGAACGUACAUAAAUUUCUGCAUUUAAAGUC